CAUAGUUAGAAACACAUGUUCCCACCAGCUAACCAAAUUUGAGUAUCUCCUCACACAGUCAUUUGCUCACAGGCUCUUUAUUUAGUAAACUAGGGGAGAAACUAGGGGUCUAAGUUCAGAGCUCACAACCUAAAUUCUGCCAAACAAACCGAUUCUUUUCAUGUGAGCCUUUAACCUCAGGCGAGAUGAUAAUUAGAAUAUUUCGGCAUAUUCCUAUGAUACUUCCAUUUCUCUUCUCUUGCUGUGUCAUUUCGUCAAAUGUUUUAAGUUUUAUUUUGGGAAAAGGAAAGUUUAAAUAAAAAAGUGUAAAUAAAAAAAGAACAUUUGGAUUUUCUUGAUUACCUUUUCCAUUUGGGAUUACAUGAAAUUUUUAAGAUGCUGCUGUACCAGCUGUACUGAUACUAUCCAAUCUGCAGACCAGUGUUUGAUUUCCCUGGACAAAAGCAAAAGUCAAAGAUAUUAAGUUUGAAUCCAUUUGAAGUUUUCUUCUUUCAUUCAACCAACAUUAACACAAGCUUUAGUGCCACUGCAACAGUACACAUUAAGGAGCCUCAAUUAAUUUCGCAUUUCUAUAAUAUACCAUUCUGCAUCAGAAUUAUUGAUGGAAGCUUCCCUUGAUUCCCCAGGUGGGGAAACACUUGGUCUCAUAGGAGGGAGUACAGCACGUCCGUCUACCAAUGGUGGUGGCACUAUCAAUGCAAACAACAAUGGAACCAGUUCAAGAGAUGGUAGUGAUAUGCUGGCUGCUGCUCUGGAACAAAUGGACAAUAUUAUUGCCUUAUACUCUCAGCCACCUCCUGAGAAACAAAAAUUUUCUGGUACAAAACGUGAAUAUCGAAACAGCAAUUUAGCUACAAGACCUACAGUGAAGGGCCGUUUACAGAAUGCCAGAGCUAUAUUCCUAUUGGAAGAUUUAAAAGGAACUUUGGAGCAAUGUGAAAAUAAGCAGCAAAUCCUGGAGCAUGCUUCUUCAAGUGCAUUAAAAUUUCUAAGAGAGUGGCUUGAAGAUGAAAGUCUGGGUGGUGCUAAUAUCGGGGAGACAUUUGAGGAGAAAAUCACUCGCCUUGAGUCAGAUAAACAAAACUUGUUGCUACAAAUCGGUGUGCUUAAAGACCAGUUGGAGGCUAAAGGUGAUAAAAUCCGAGAGCUUGAGUUCAGUCUGGAAGACAAGAGAUCUCGACUCUUCACAACAGAACAAAUGCUACAAAAUGAAUUACUGACCAGAGCAUCACUGGAAACAGACAAGCAGGACUUGAUGGCAGAGGUUACCAGCCUGAAAAUCAAGCUAACAACUGCUGAAAGAGAGCGGCAUGAACUAGAGGAACAGUUAAAGUCAGCACAUAAACGUAUUACUGAAUUGGAAAAGAAACUAUUAUUAAGAGACGCUGAACUUCAUGAACUUAAACAGAGACUCACAAAAAAUGGUACCAUUUUAUCAACAGACAGUGCAGGGGACGUCAGCAAUAACCGCCCUCUAGAACGAGAGCGUACCUUAGAUAGACUUAAGAAAAAACAGAGCGAAAUAGAAAAGCUGAAAAAAGCUGUCGACUCGCUGAUGUUAGCCAAUGAGGAAAAGAAUGGAGGUAUUUCAUGGGACCGCCGGUUAGAAGACUAUGGAAAACUAUUACGACGUUAUAAGAAAAUUGAAGAAAUGCUCAUACAGGCUCAAGGAAGGAGAGCUCUGGACGAUCUCAUGGCUAACUUUGAAGAUGAUAACAGCUCUACCACAUCAUCUAUGUCUCCCUCUACUGGAAGUGGUGGAAAAGAUACAGCUGAUGGAACAAAGUCUGAUGAUUCAAAAGACAAACAUUUAUCUGGCCCUAGUGCCACAAGUACACCAGGCAGUACAACAGUAAAACAGAGAUCCAACAGCCAAGACAAAGCACAAGUUAGUCCAAUAUCGCCUGCUUUAGGAGAUGCUGAAUUAGAUCAACGAUCAGGAACUUUUGUUCGUUCAAACAGUUGUGAAGAAAUAUCAAAUUCAACAGAAAAACGUUUUUUCUGGGGAAUUCAGACACCACCAAUAACGAAGAAAAAAGAUAACCCCUACGGAUAUGGUACGUUACCUAAAGAUCGUCAUAAAGAUGAAGAAAAGGGGAAAUUAAGAGUAUUCCCUACCCUUGGCAAAACUUUAUUGCGUAUGAAAACGGGUAAAAGAAGCUGUUCAGCACCCAAUUUAGCACAAUCAGAAAUUGCAACAGACGAUGAAGAUGUCAUUGGGCGCCAUGGAAAUGUUCACAAUAGAUUACACCACACAGACAGUGGCAGAUGGAAAGGUUUCAAACGAUUCAUCGGCAGAUUAAAACGAAGCAGUUCUCAAGACUUUGAUGGUGACAUGAAUGAAGAAUUUAGGCGUGGAGGUAUUCGGGCUACAGCUGGGGCGCGGCUGGCCUGGUCGAAAGAUUUAAAAAUAAACCAUGAUUCAAAUGUUCCUUUUGAGAGUUGGGACAACGAUCGGGUUGCCUCUUGGCUUCAUGAAAUUGGCCUUGACAUGUAUGUCCCUGAGGCACGAAGGUGGAUCAAGAAUGGAGAACAGCUAUUAAAUGCUACCCAGCAUGAUUUUGAAAAGGAAUUGGGUAUGAAAAAUCAUCUACAUCGAAAAAAGCUUCAAUUAGCUCUGGAAGCAGCUCAUUCUGGUCUUAAGGAUCGUAUAUUAGAACUUAACCACAACUGGGUUACAAGAUGGUUGGAUGACAUUGGAAUUCCUCAGUACAAGGACACUUUCUUUGAGGCUCGAGUUGAUGGACUCAUGCUGCAUUAUAUGACUGUGGAAGAUUUACUUGCACUGAAAGUCUCCAAUGAAUUGCAUCACAUAAGUAUCAAACGAGCUAUCCAGACAUUACGAAUGCACAAUUUCAACCCUCAGUGUCUUAAACGUAGACCCUCAGCUGAUGAAGUUAAUAAACAGAAUAUCCCAAGUGAAGUUAUUCUGUGGUCAAAUCACAGAGUAAUGGAAUGGCUACGUACUAUUGACCUUUCUGAAUAUGCUCCUAAUCUACGAGGAAGUGGAGUGCAUGGAGCACUAAUAGUGCUAGAGCCCCGUUUCAAUGCUGAGCUCUUCUCUCAGGUAUUAUCCAUUCCUGGCAACAAAUCUCUUCUCAGACGACAUCUUAGCACACACUUUGUUGCACUUAUUGGCAACGAAAUGCAACACAAGAAAAGGGAAUUUGAAACUUCUGCUGACUACCAACCUCUCUUUCCUAAUUCUAAAGUAAAACGACGAAAUAACUUUCUGCUGUUUGGGCAUAAACGAAGCAAGUCUGAAAGUCAGACGGAAAGCUUUAUCUGUCCAAUUAAAAAUACAUCUUCAGUAAAUGGUACUGACCAUAUGUUUAAUAAAUUGAUGUCUUGUCAACACAAUAACGGAAGUAUAAAAGAGCGAGAUGAAAUUGCUGCAAAAGAGAUUGGAGCAGUAUCGAAAGAAAUCAGUUCAUUAACGAUCUUAAAAUGAAAAGCAUGCUCAACUAUAAAAAGGUAAUGUUGUCACAAGAGAAGUUCUUAGAAAAUGUACCAACAUCGAAUGUCUAAUUCUCCUUGAUCUCCAACAACAGAUACCACCAGCCUUUUGAUAUACAACACAAUCGAAAUUUGGAUUCUUUGCAUUCUAGGAAUGAGCCUUUGCUGUUUAUAGUCAAACCUACAAUCAUCAUCGUCACAUUAAAUAUGCUAUUAUUAUUAUUA